AUGAAGAAACCGAAAGCCAAGGUUACGCUAAGAGAGGGACGUGAGGCGACCAUUCAGGUCGGCCUGUGGACUCCAGGCGGCCGCUCUGCGCUCCACCAGCUACAGCCGCUGCCUGAGGCAGCUUCCAGCCCUAGGAGCCAGGCAAACCUGGCUGCCCACCCGGUUCCUGCACUUGUCCGCUGUGAGGCCUUGAGCAAGCCCCGUCACCUCUCUGUGCCCAGUUCUCCCAGUGUGAAAAGAGGCAACAAUUACAAGUGGAGAGUGCAGAAAAUGUUUCCCCUCCUGGCUCUGGGGCUCUUGGUGGCCGGGAUCUGCCCUGCUGUCCUCUGCCACCCGGGCGGCCCCCGUGACCAGGAGAGUGUGACCCUGGGGGACCACGACAAUGGGACGAGAGGGGACAGUCUCCGAUUAGGCUCUAGCGACACCGACUUUGCCUUCGGCCUCUACAAGCAGUUGGCUUUGCAGAACCCUAAUGAGAACGUCAUCUUCUCCCCGCUGAGCGUCUCUGCAGCCUUGGCCUUCCUGUCCCUGGGGGCCGGUGGCACCACCCUGACGGAGCUUCUCCAAGGCCUCAAGUUCAACCUCACGGAGACCUCAGAGGCGGAAAUUCACCAGAGUUUCCAGCAGCUCCUGCGCAGCCUCAGCCGGCCCAGCGAGCAGCUGCAGCUGAGCACGGGCAACGCCAUGUUCAUCGCGGAGCAGCUGCGUCUGCGGGAGAGGUUCGUGGAGGACGCCCGGGGGCUGUACGCCUCCAAGGCCUUCAAAACCAACUUCCAGGACUCUGCCGCUGCCGAGAAGUUCAUCAAUGACUACGUGGAGAAGAAAACCCGGGGGAAAAUCGUAGAUCUGGUCAAGGACCUUGACCCGAGCACGAUGAUGGUGCUGGUGAACUACAUCUUCUUUAAAGCCAAGUGGAAGACGCCCUUUGACCCCCACGACACUGUCAAGGCAAGAUUCUACCUGAGCAGGAGGAAGUGGGUGAAGGUGCCCAUGAUGAGCAUGGAGGACCUGGACGUGCCCUACUUCCGGGACGAGGAGCUGUCCUGCGCGGUCGCGGAGCUGAUGUACACGGGCAACGCCAGCGCGCUCCUCGUCCUCCCUGACCUGGGCAAGAUGAAGCAGGUGGAAGCCAAGCUGCUCCCGGAGACGUUGAGGAGGUGGAGAGACUCGCUGCAGACCAGGCAUAUAGAUAGCCUCCAGCUGCCGAAGUUUUCCAUCUCAGGGGACUAUAAUCUGGAAAACAUCCUUCCCCGGCUGGGCAUUAGGGCUGUCUUCACCAAGGAAGCCGACCUGUCAGGGAUCACAGGGGCCAAGAACCUCGUGCUCUCCCAGAUGGUCCACAAGGCCGCACUGGAUGUAGCUGAGGUGGGCACGGAAGCAGCUGCUGCCACAGGAAUCAAGAUUAUACCCAUGUCUGGAAGAAUGGGCCCGAUGUUCACUCUGAAAUUCAGCCGCCCCUUUCUGGUGAUCAUCCAAGACAAGGCAUUGCAAGGCAUCCUCUUUAUGGCCAAAGUCACAGAGUUGAAGGAAGCCUAGAGCUCCCUUCCAAGCAGCGCGGGUCCGCUAAGGUGCCGGGAACAGAAGCCGGGUGCUGGAUGUCUGGGCACAGCCUGGCUCUGUCUGCUCAUCUUGGGAAGGUGCCAGUGACGGCCCGUGUGGCUCCCACAGGCACAGGGGGCUCCUGACAGCAAUAAACCAUCUUCCCUGUACUGGA